GACGUCGAGCUAGAUCAGCCAGUGAAGUGAUUCCAUCAAACCAGACUAGAAAGACAACAUAAAGAUGGCACAACGGGCACCUAAUAAAAACCUUGUCGGCAGAUUGGUGAACAGCCUUAAGAGCAAGGAGUUUCGUGAUUAUUUAAUGAGCACACAUUUUUGGGGGCCAGUCGCUAAUUGGGGAAUUCCGCUUGCAGCAAUUGCAGAUUUUAAAAAGGACCCGAAAUUCAUCUCCGGCAGGAUGACCCUUGCCCUAACACUCUACUCGUGCGUGUUUAUGCGUUUCGCCUGGAAGGUACAACCAAGAAAUAUGCUGCUUUUUGCUUGCCAUUUAACAAACGCCACUGCUCAGACAGUUCAAGGUGUACGUUUUGUAAAAUACGAAUUUUUAGAUAAGAAGCACACAGCGUAAAAAAACAUAGAAGAACGUACAGUGCAGAUGCUACUACAAUGAGCCGCUGUUAUAUUAAAGUCAUAGUUAAAUUCAAAUUCAAGUGUACAAAAACUAGCACAAAAUGAAAAUCGAGACUUAGCGGCUCAUGCGCUUAAUGAUGAAUCCAUUCUUAACUUUAAGCGCCUCACAAACUUACGCGUGCUCUAUGCUUAGAUGUGUUCGUGUAAAUAAUUUCCAAAAUAUUAGAUAAGCUCUUUGUUAAUAAUCGAAUAUGCCUUUUAGGGUAUAAUUAUCUAAAGGAGUUAAUGAUAUUUACUAUCGAAAACAAUGUAAAUAAUAACAUAUUUAAAACAAAGAAAUGACUGUACCAGCCUUGUUAAUCUACACUUUCUUUUAGAUACAUUUUAGUACUUUUAGCUAUUUAAAGAUCUACAACUCUUGAAUGCUGGACAACUGAAUGGAUGACAAAGUACAAUAUCAGCAAAUAAAAAAUUUAACUAUCUUGACAUGAAAUAGCAAAAUAGAAUAAAGCGACCUUCCUUUCUAUUGUAUUAUUGGUAUCAGUC